ACUCGGCCGCUGGGGACUGCGCCGCGGCCGCUGCGGCGCUUGUCCCGUCCUUUGGCCUGGACCUGGCGGCUGCGAGCUCUCUAUGGUGCUGGCAACGACAUGUGGCGCCUGACAGGGCUCCUGGGGCGAGGUAGGGGUCGUCAGCAAGCUCUUCCCCGCCUGCUGGGACCUGGCUUCCGAGGGCUAACACCCAGGCCCACCACUUCAGAUGGGCCUCAGACAACCACCACCCUGCUGCUGUUCCCUAGGCCUAACCUUGACAGGUCAGGCUCCCAAAGUCCAAAGAGGAGCAGGGACCCAAAGUGCCAUGGAUGGAAAGAUGUCUUUCACAGGAUGUCUGCUCAUGUCUCCCCAAACACUCUGCAGGAUGCCAUCUCCUGGGGCACUCUGGCCGUGCUGGCCCUGCACCUGGCGAGGCAGAUCCACUUCCACGCAUCCCCCGUAGCAGGACCUCAGCCAGCUGAACGCAGCUCUUGGCACAGUUCCCUGUACCGCUUCCUCUCCUCUUCCUGGUGGCACCCACACUCCUCGCUUCGGAGGCAUGUUCUUCCCAGGCCUGACUGCCCAGCUCCCAGGAACGCUGGCCUCAGGGAACCGAGGCUGGGCCAGGAAGCACCCCCAGCUCUGCCCCAGUGCUUUCCUGCAGACAGCUCCCUGAGAGCUGACCUUCUGAACCUAUCUGAAAAAGAGCCCAGCGACUUUGGCUUUCUGCAUGACAUUGGGCACUUCACAUCCCAGGCAAAGGCAGAUGAGGCCCACCCCACUGGAGAAAAAAAUGAACAAGACAAGCCCAAGGCUCUUCCCCUAGAGGAGGCUGUGACUUACAUCCAGCAACUCUUUCAGCUCAGUGUUGCCAUCGCUUUCAACUUCCUGGGGACAGAGAAUAUAAAGACAGGAGCCUACACAGCAGCCUUCUCCUACUUCCAGAAAGCUGCAGACCGUGGCUACAGCAAAGCACAGUACAAUGUGGGCCUGUGUCUUGAGCAUGGCAGAGGCACCCCCAGGGACCUCAGCAAGGCAAUCCUCUUUUACCACCUGGCUGCCACCCAGGGCCACAGGCUGGCUCAGUACCGCUAUGCCCGGUGCCUGUUACAAAGUUCAGGCUCUUUGUCCGACCCCGAGCGGCAGAGGGCGGUGUCUAUGCUGAAGCAGGCUGCAGACUCUGGCUUAACAGAGGCCCAAGCCUUCCUUGGAGUGCUUUUUACCAAGGAGCCGUACCUGGAUGAGCAGAGAGCUGUUAAAUACCUUUGGCUGGCAGCCAGCAAUGGGGACUCUCAGAGCAGGUUCCACUUGGGAAUUUGCUAUGAGAAGGGUCUUGGUGUACAGAGGAAUCUGGGAGAGGCUGUGAAGUGCUACCAGCAGUCAGCAGCUAUGGGGAAUGAACCUGCCCAGGAAAGGCUUCGGACCCUCUUUAAUGUGGAGGCAGCAGCCCCAGGGCCCAGCCACCUGGCCACAACAGGACUGAAGUCUUUCUCCAGCCCUUCCCUCUGUAGCCUGAACCCCCUGUUGGCAGGUGCCUCAGGCCUCCCUCAUGCUUCAAGCACUGGGAGUCUUGGCCUCCUCUGCAGAAGUGGCCAUCUUGGAGUCAACCAUGGAGCCCCUGGCAGGCCUGUACCAUCCUUGGAAAGGAGUCUCGUGAGACUGGGUUUCGGCUAAGUCCUCCAUAUUAAUGAUGGAGCCUGAGAGUUCUCGGAAAUACCACAACUUGAGUCCCAAAGAAGAGGCCAGUUCACUAUUCACCUUCCGGGAAGCCAUCAGUACCUCUCCAGCACCAUAAAGAAGAGGAGUGCGUGUAAAGACCCAGCUCUGGCUUUGCCACUGGUCUGCCUGUGCCACCUGGAAGCAGUGACGUGGUUUCCCAACAUUGUUUCCUCAGUUGUAGACCAAGGGCUGUAGUGUGUGCCCCCUGCCUUAAAGGAAUGAGGUGCAACCUUUCCACUGCAGAAAAGACUUUACCCUUGCUUGGGUUCCUGAAGGCAGAGUAGUGCCUGCAGUUCCAUGGCCUUAAAGAGUCACCAGCCUGCUAGGCAUGGUGGCACACCCCUUUAAUCCCAGUACUCAGAAGGCAAAGGCAGGCAGAUUUCUGUGAGUUCAAGGCCAGCCUGGUCUACAAAAUGAGUUCCAGGGUUGCCAAGGCCAUUACCCAGAGAAACCCUGUCUUGAACCCUAACCACCACUGCCAGAAAUAAAGAAUCACCAGGCCAGGAUGGGGAUCAAAGCUGACAUCAUGACUCCAGCCCAGACUUCUGGUCUACCAGUUCAUACUGCAGUGUUAUUUGAAAACAUUAUCAUCACCCUGCAGAUGUGGAGAUAUCAGUAGAGAUUAGGCAUGUGGAGAGUGGAGGCCAUGAGUCCAUUUUGGGAAAGGUCAGCUAGGAAUACAGAAGUGCUUAAUAAAACAGAUGGUGGAUUAUCUCUCAA